UGAGACCUGUGUUUCGAAUGUACAGUUAUUAACUACGCCUACAGCUGUAGCGAGUUGUAGUGACUUUAUCGAAAUAAUACGUUCAACGGGGCAGUCAAACAUGCAUAUCCGAUAUGUUCGCGCAUGAGCGGUUAGUUCCGUCGUGUGCAUCUGUAGAGUAAAUAGUCUUUCCGAUAGAUUUGCUUGUGUAAUCAUUUUUACGUUACUGAUUCUCGUUUGAACACCUUACUUUACACUUCGACAUAUUCGAAAUGUAUAAAAUAGGCGAAACAACAUCGUUUUACGAUUGUAGUGCUUGAAGUCUUAUACGUGUUGUAUCUAUUAAGAUCAAUUCUGUGUUGUUUAUACGAAAAUCAGGGUUCGGUUGUACAAAAGACGUCAUCACGACAAGUGGAAGCCUCUCUGUUCGCCAAGCUGGUCUCGGUUGUCAAGUGGCUCUGUGGGGUUCAAAAGACGGUGAUGCUGCUCUCUCCCAGCAGAUGGCUUUGCUCCCAGACAGCGUCGCGGCGAUGCGGCCAACACCACUGUAUGCUGGCAGUGAUGUGUUAUUGGAAGAUGAUAAGCCAGUAUUGCCCGGACUUCCCAUCAGGGCAGCCACUCUAUCCGCUCUCACUCGUUUAGUCGUGAAUGUCUUCGACUGUCAUGGGGACUUAUCACCAUCAGUUGCUGUCAUGCCUAAGGUGGUUUUCCGGAUGCAUCUAUGGUUUACUACCUCAGCAACGCUGGUGGAACACUUGAUGGCCUUACACAAAAAAGCGGGUGAAAUUUCACCCUGUACAAUCGAAGGAUGUACACACAGUCAUUCCACCACCUCACCUGAAGUUUGCCCACUUCUUCAGUACCAGACCAGAAUCUGCCAUGCCAUCAGGUAUUGGAUUCAUCAAUUUCCAAUGCACUUUGACAUGGAGAAUGGUCUGGCAGGGACACUUCGAGAGUUCCAGUCUGCCCUAACUCCUACAUCAGCUGAGCUCGUGGACUUAUCCCAGGUGCCGUCUUAUGACUGGAUGCGACAUGUGUCAUUCCGCAACAGCAGCCUCUUGGAGCAGCAAGCGUUACUAAACAAACAACAUUCUUGUAAAGUCCCCCUUGUGUUCAACCAUCUGGAGCCGAUGCUGUUAGCCAAGCACAUCACAUAUUUGGAACACAAAGUCAUUAGAAGGAUAACUUUCCAUGAUCUCAAAAAAUAUGCAGAUUGCGGUUCCUUGCGUGACACUCCAAGGCUGGAGAGAUCUGUCAUUAUGUUCAAUGGCCUGACUCAGUGGAUCCAAUGUAUGGUCCUCAGUCGCACCACGCCACAGCAACGAGCUGACGAUAUGGCCAAAUUCAUAGAUGUUGCCAUGAAACUCCUAGAACUUCAAAACUUCAACUCACUGAUGGCAGUAGUAGGAAGUGUAAGUCACAGUGUUCUGGCUCGACUCUCCAGAACUAUGGCUUGUCUAUCAGCAGAAAGCAAAAAGUCACUGGCAGACCUAACAGAGCUAUUGUCCUCUGGAAACAACUUCAGUAACUAUCGGCGCAAACUUGCUGAGUGCAAGGGCUUCAAAAUCCCAAUCCUUGGUAUUCAUUUGAAGGACUUGAUCUCCUUACAUGUGGCCUUGCCUGAUACUGUAGAAGGUGAAAUGAUCAAUAUCCGCAAAAUGGCACAACUGUCUUUAAUCUUCCAAGAGCUGGAAGAAUUACAGAACUCUGCAACAACUAUAGAUGCCAACAUGGAUCUUGUCAACACUCUCAGGUUAUCACUUGAUCUCUCAUACACUGAUGAUGAAAUCUAUGAAUUGUCAUUGGCUCGAGAACCAAGAAAUUCUUCCUCUCCCCAGAGUUCUCCAACACAGUCUGUACUAUUUGCGGAAUGGGCAUCCAGUCCCUGUCCACCACCUGACCCACAGACAAUAGAAAAGCAUGUGAACGCAAUGGUUGAGGCCGUUUUCAAAAAUUAUGACAAUGAUCGGGAUGGUUACAUAUCUCAUGAAGAAUUUGAAGCUGUUGCAGGGAAUUUUCCCUUCAUAGCAUCAUUCUGUGUCUUGGAUGCAGAUCAUGAUGGCAUGAUAAGUCAAGAAGAAAUGAAAAAAUACUUCAUUCAUGCCAAUUGCCAUGCAUUAAAAAGUGGUUUCAAACACGAAUUUCAUGAAACUACAUACUUUAAGCCUACUUUCUGCGCACAUUGUGCUGGUCUUUUAUGGGGACUUAUCAGACAAGGGUAUAAAUGUCGUGACUGUGGUAUCAGUGCUCACAAACAUUGCAAGGAUUUGGUGGUGAUGGAGUGUCGAAUCAAGAGCAAUCCUACUUCAGGAGAACCAAGCAGUCAUGCAUCGACUUCAAGACGGAAGUUCCGUCGCAAGAAGAAGUCAAGUGCUUCUGAAUCUGAAUCUUCUCCUCCAAGUCCAAAAUACUCCACUGCUUCAUGUUCAACAAUUGGUGAUCCAGAAGUUUAUCAGCAGACAGCAUCAGGAACUGAGUGUUCUGAUAGUGGGGGGGGCUCUUUACCACCAAGUCCAAAACCUACAUUAAUGUGGGCUGGGCCUAGAAGGAAGAUAAGUGACUCUCUUUUGGUACCUUCACGUAGCCGACCAACAUCUCGACUCAGGGCGCAGCACAGUUGCCCAGAAAGUACAUGUUCUCAUAACUGCAAAGUGCAGGAAGGACAGACACAUACACAUCCUCCACUGUUACAUUCCUCCACUGUGUACUAUCCACCGCUAGCCCACCAGUCAUCGGUUGUGGUUGCUCCAAGUUCAGUCACAGCACCAUCAUCAGCAAACCACAUGAACUGUCACUGCCACAGUGAGGAGUUGGAACUGCUGAACCAAAAACUUGCAGCAGCAGAGGAGGCAAAGCAGCGUCUCACAAAGGAAAACCAGUUCCUGUUACAGCAGUUGGAGGAUGCUUACAGACAACUCAACUCAUUGAGAGACCACGUGGGAGAAGUACGUCAACAGACAGUGGCUUUUAUUCUUCGGCAGAUGGAAACACUGCACAUUCAGAAGGAUACUCAUGUCUGACACGUGUGUGAGCAGAUCCCUAUCGUCGCUUUGGAGCCAUGAUUCUCAAAGUUCAUUUCUUUACUUAUGUUUCAUGCCCAUACAACUUCAAUGAUCAUGCUUAAUAUGUACAGGUAUAUGCUAACAGGGACAGAUACCCCACAUAAAAUUUUAUCAGACAGUAUGUUUAAUAAAUUCAGAGAAUUUGUUACCAAGUUAACAUAAAUCCUAUGUUAAACUUCACUUAACUCCCUGAAUUCAUAUCCAGCAAAGUGCUAGGUCAGAGGUGAACCUCACACUUAAAGACUGAGGUUGUAAUAAUGUACUGCCUGGUCAGUGCUAUUCCACACCUCAGGAGGUGGUAAUAGAUGAGUAUGGAACAGUGAUAAUUAAUAGGGGAAAACUGGGAGGGGGGGAUUCUAAGAAAAAUUUACUUGAGUGCCUAUUUAUCCACCAUGAAUUGCAUAUAAAGUCACCUGGAACUGAAUCUGAGCCUCCACACUGAGAAACCAGGACCCAACCACCUGAGUUGUAGUAUGGCCUAAAUAACGGUUUAGAAAAUUGGGAAAAUCCAUCAAGACUUUUCAUUUCUUUUAAAAUGGAAAUCUAGAAUGAGUCUGAAAAUGACACAUAACUGUUUACAAUAAUGCUUGCUUCAUUUCAGUGUAAAAUAUAGUCAUAAAUUCUUUGUCAUGAAUUUUCAUUCUCUGGAGAACAGAGUACUUAUGUCUUCAGCCCUUUAACAUGAAUCAUUCAGUUUCCAAAAUGUGUCUCCUGAAGGAAAUGGAACUGUGGGUGCAUAGAUAUUAAUAUUAUGGUGGGUAUAAAUGUAAAAUGAGAAAUGACUGGUGUCUAUUCUGUAAAUUUAUGAUCCUUAAUUUUCACCCCAACGCAUGUUCAAGGCUCCAGAGAUAAAUGUAAAUCUACUGGCUACUCAGUUGAGUCCACAUGUCAAUAAUCUCAUAUAAUGCUUCAUAGAAAACAUUUAAAAGCUCAAAUUUAAAUAUUAUUCUCAGCAAGCAGAAAUAAUAUAAAUGUCAUCAUCUUUUAAGAUGUGAUGCCAUGUAGUCUGGUAGAAAGUUACUGAUUUUUCAGAGGAAUCUGAUGCCUCCAUCUUCAAAGUAAAAGAGUAAAUAUGGCUACAAAUACAGGGAAAGGAAGAAAGAAGAUGGAACCGCAGGUAAAUCGAUGCGAGAAUGUACCUCAAAAAUUUUGGGCUAAAAUAUUUGAGGUGAGAAGAGGGGAGAAAGAAUGCUUUGAAGGAAAGCUGUGAGAAAGUUUUGCAUGAAGGAAAUGCAAGGCGUAAAUGUGGAAGGCACAGGUACUCUAUUAUUCCUACAUUGUAUUGUAUUUUAUUUCAUCCGUUUUGCUACAUAGUAACACUUGGACACGUCAUUCGGUAAUACAGGUUAACAAAAUAAAUCUACAAAGUUACAAGCAUACUACCAACAUUUGUUACAAUCAUAAGCAAUAUUGUCACGUGUUGGUUAUAUAACGCGCUACAAUUAACUUCACGUCACGUACAUGACAUACUAUUCUACAGUGAAGGUGCCUACAAGAAGAUUAAUCAGCCACACAUAUCCUAUGCGACUGCGAGGCCAUAGCUUAUUUAAGAUUUUGUC